AUCAGUUACAGUUAGCCUAGUAUCUGGCACAUAGUAAGUGCUCAAUAAUAGUGGUUUCUAUGUUUUUAUCCUCAGACACACUAAGAGAUGAGAUCCCCAACCCCACCCACACCUUUCCCUUUCCCCCUGAUCUGUACAGACACACUGAGAGAUGAAUACAUUCUGUACGACCCACUGAAGGACUCAGCUGUGAGACUUCAGCCCAUCUAACCUGUAAGCCACAGACACCUGGGAGAGGUGUAAUCCUCAAUAACGAAGUACACGACUCAGAAACAGUGGGCUGUUUUCAGAGAGUUGGAAGAGACUUACCAUGAGUUUAAACGCUUCAAGUAAUGCCCCCGGUGACGCCCAAAGGUUGAAGAAUGCCUCAUCUGAUAUAAAACAAAUGUUUAAAAAUGAAACAGACUUGGACAUCACUGCUGAACUCAGAAAGAAGCUCCACCGGGCUAAGAAGGAAAAAUUAGAAAUAACAACUAAGCACAAUGCAGAGCUGGCAAGCUAUGAAAGCCAGAUUGCCAAGCUGCGAUCCGAGGUGGAAAAAGGAGAGGCACUGCGUCAAAGUCUGGAAUAUGACCUGGCUGUUGCUAGAAAGGAAGCUGGUCUCGGGAGACGGGCUGCUGAAGAAAGGUUAGCCGAAGCACAUAGGAUCCAAGAAAAACUCUGUGCUCAGAACACAGAACUUCAAGGAAAGGCAAAUGAGAUGGAGAAAGCAUUCCAGACUUCCCAGCUGAAGUGGAAAGAAGAAUGCAGAAGAUUUGAACAUGAUUUGGAGGAAAGAGACAAUAUAAUUCAAAGUUGCAAUCAAGAAUAUGAUUUACUUAUGAAAGAAAAAAGCAGACUAGAAAAAACUGUACAGGAAGCGUUGGAAAAACAUCAGCAGGAGAAGAAUGAGAUGGAGUCUCAUAUCAGGGAGACAGCACUGGAGGAGUUUAGAUUACAAGCAGAACAAUGGGAAGCAGAAAGAAGAGAGUUACAAUUUAUAGUACAGGAGCAAGAUAAUGCCGUACAAAAUAUGCACAAGAAGGUAGAAAAAUUAGAAACUGAGCACAUGGACUGCUCUGAUCUUCUACGGCGACAAACAAGUGAACUUGAAUUUAGCACUCAACGAGAAGAACGUCUUAGAAAAGAAUUUGAGGCAACUACUCUGAGAGUGAGGAAACUAGAAGAAAAUAUUGAAGCAGAGAGAGCAGCACAUUUGGAAUCAAAAUUUAAUUCUGAAAUUAUUCAGUUGCGGAUUCGAGACCUUGAAGGCGCUUUGCAGGUGGAAAAGGCCAGCCAAGCAGAAGCUGUUGCAGAUUUGGAAAUGAUCAAGAAUGAAUUCAAAGAAGUUGAAAGUGCAUAUGAGCGAGAAAAGCAUAAUGCUCAAGAGAGCUUUGCAAAACUGAGUUUAUUAGAAAGAGAGUAUGUCUCCAAAAACAAGAAACUAAAUGAAGAGAUCGAGGAACAUAAGAAAGUAAUUAUAGACCUUUCAAAGAGACUCCAGUAUAAUGAAAAAAGUUGCAGUGAAUUACAGGAAGAACUUGUAAUGGCUAAGAAGCACCAGGCCUUUCUAGUAGAGACAUGUGAAAAUAACGUGAAAGAAUUGGAAUCGAUCUUGGACAGCUUUUCUGUGUCGGGCCAGUGGACAUCAGGUACACUCACUGCCCAAAUCCAACCAGAAGCCAGAGGGCAGAGGAGCCCAGAUGAUGUAGUCUCUAGAGGUCAGCCUUCACCACAAGGUAUCCACAAGGACAAAGAUAAACCUCCCAGCUUCUCUGUUGUCCUUGAGACUUUGAGGCGUACCUUGACAGAUUACCAGAACAAGCUGGAAGAGGCGUCUAAUGAGCUAAACAGCAUGAAUGAUGCUAAAGAAAAGGCAUCGAGUGAACUUGAUUCUACCAAACAGAAGAUAGAGUCUCACACUAAAAAUAUAAAGGACCUUCAGGAUAAACUGGCUGAUGUGAGUAAAGAGUUAAGUCAUUUACGCACGAAAUGUGCAGACAGAGAGGCUCUCAUAAGCACUUUGAAAGUGGAACUACAAAAUGUGCUGCACUGUUGGGAGAAAGAAAAGGCUCGAGCAGCCCAGUCGGAGAGUGAACUGCAGAAGCUUGCCCAGGCUUUCCAGAAGGAUACUGAGGAGAAGCUAACCUUUCUUCAUACCUUAUAUCAGCACUUGAUAGCAGGCUGUGUGCUCAUGAAACAACCAGAAGGCAUGCUGGAUAAAUUCUCUUGGACUGAGCUUUGUGCAGUCUUGCAGGAGAAUGUUGAUGCCCUGAUCGCAGACCUCACCAGGGCUAAUGAGAAGAUAAGUCACCUGGAGUAUAUCUGUAAAAACAAGUCUGAUACGAUGAAAGAACUUCAGCAGACCCAGGAAGACACCUUUAACAAAGUGGCCGAGCAGAUCAAAGCCCAGGAGAGCUGCUGGCACAAACAGAAGAAGGAACUGGAAAUGCAGUACUCGGAGCUCCUCUUGGAGGUGCAGAGGAGGGCACAGAAAUUUCAAGAAAUUGCCGAAAAAAAUAUGGAAAAAUUGAAUCGUAUUGAGAGGUCCCAUGAGCAGUUGGUUCUUGAAAAUUCACGCUUCAAAAACAUAUUAUCGCAGACUCAGAGGGAAAAAACAUCGUUGCUGGCAGCCUGUGCGUUGAUGGCUGGUGCCUUAUAUCCUCUCUACAGCCGGUCAUGUGCCUUAUCUACACAGAGAGAUUUUCUCCAGGAGCAGGUCAACACCUUUGAGUUGUUCAAACUGGAAGUUAGAACUCUAGCCCAGGCUUUGUCAAGUGUUGACGAAAAGAAGCAAGAGGAAGCCAAGAUGAAGAAAAAACCAUUCAAAGGAUUGAUACGUGUAUUCCGGAAAGGUGUUAUUGCAGUUCUGGCAGCAAAUAGGCUCAAGAUUUUGGGCCAGUCGUGUGCCUCUCUUUUUACCUGGAUGGAAAGUUUCAAAGAAGGCAUAGGCAUGUUAGUGUGUACAGGAGAGCCCAAAGACAAGCAGAAAUUUCCGAAGCAUCAGAAGGAGCAGUUACGUUGUUUGCAAGCACUCAGCUGGCUUACCAGUUCAGACCUUCUAGCGGCAAUAGUCACCUCUAUGGCUGAGUUACAGGAAGUCAUUAGUAAAACAGAUCCAAAUUCCAGAAUCUGUGGACAUUUACUCAUAGGUGCAGCCAAGAGUUCUUUUGCAAAACUCAUGGAUAAAGUUAGUCUGGCAAUGGAGAGUAUACCUUUACAUAGUAGCAGGAGUAUUACAUACAUAGAAAAAGAUUCUCUGGUUCAGCAGCUGGCUCGUGGACUUCAUAAAGUAAACACGCUGGCCCUGAAGUAUGGUCUCCGCGGCCAUGUGCCCAUUUUGAAAAGCACGGCGUCAUUACAGAAGCAAAUACUUGGAUUUACACAAAGACUGCACGCGGCGGAAGUGGAGCGUCGCUCACUGCGCUUGGAGGUCACAGAAUUCAAACGCAGCAUGAAUGAGAUGAAAAAGGAGCUUGACAAAGCCCAGGGUCUCCAGAUGCAAUUAAAUGAAUUUAAGCAGUCUAAAUUGAUCACCCAUGAGAAGUUUGAAAGUGCAUGUGAAGAACUGAAUAAUGCGUUACUUCGGGAACAACAGGCCCAAAUGCUACUGAACGAGCAGGCACAGCAGCUACAGGAGUUGAAUUACAGACUUGAACUGCAUUCCAGUGAGGAAGCUGACAAAAACCAAACUCUGGGAGAAGCUGUUAAGAGUCUCUCCGAGGCAAAGAUGGAGCUGAGAAGAAAAGAUCAAUCUCUGCGUCAGCUCAAUAGACAUCUCACCCAGCUGGAGCAGGACAAGCGUCGGCUGGAGGAGAGCAUCCGCGAUGCGGAGAGCGCCCUCCGCAUGGCAGCCAAAGACAAAGAAUGUGUUGCUAAUCAUAUGAGAACAAUAGAAAAUAUGCUUCAUAAGGUCAGAGAUCAGAUCUCGCUGUCACGGACUGCGGCAAGUAGGAAUGACUUCACCCUGCAGCUACCCAGACUGCACCUGGAGACCUUUGCGAUGGAGGGGCUCAAGGGCGGGCCAGAGGUGGUAGCAUGCCAGGCCAUGAUUAAAAGUUUCGUGGAUGUCUACCAGCUUGCAAGUGCUAGAAUUGCUACAUUAGAGAAAGAAAUGACAUCUCAUCGAAGUCACAUUGCAACGUUGAAGUCAGAACUUCACACGGCUUGUUUACGAGAAAAUGAAAGUUUACAAUCAGUAGGAUCACGAGACCAUUCAAAUCUCUCCAUUCCUUCAAGAGCUGCUCUUCCUGCGGACACAGUUGGUGUGGGGGAUUUUUUGCCUUUGCAAGCUGAACUGGACACAACUUACACUUUCUUAAAGGAGACAUUUAUAAAUCCUCUGACGUCAUCUCACUCCUCUUCAGCGACUAUGUCUAUUGGCAAACGACCAACUCAGAUUGGAUAAUGACUUUAUGAGAUAAACAAACAAACG